UGGUCUCAGUGUAGGUUUUUGUGUUUUAUCAAAUUUUUAUUUACGGAAAGUGUUUUGUAUAGAGUGAAACCUGAAAGAAAUGACUGCAGAGAACGAACGCGAAAUAUAUCACAAGCUUGAAGCAAUGAAAGAGAUUAGAAAUAAGACCAUAACCUUGGAGAGGCUAAAGCGGAGCAUACUGAAUGAGGUGCGCAGCGGGGACCAAGAGGGCCGCUGCCUGGCACAGUACAAGCGGGAGAUGGAGUUGCUGCAACAGGAGAAGAUGAGCCACGUGGAGGAGCUGCGACAGAUACAUGCCGACAUCAAUGCGAUGGAGACAGUGAUCAAGCAGACGGAGGAGAGCAUGAGCCGCAAGCUGAGCGCCGCCUCGCGUCUGCACGACGACUACCGCCCGCUGAAGGCCGAGGUGGACCUGCUGCGGCGGCAGUGCCUCGGCCUGGAGCGCCUGCCCGACCUGCACGAGGAGGAGGGCAGCCCCAUCACGCCCGAACGGUUCCCGGCGGUGGUGCGGCAGGCGGGCGCGGGGGGUGCGGGGGGCGCGGGCGGCGCGGGGCUGCUCGCGCCGGCGCCGCGCAAGCCGCCGCCGCCGCCGCCCGCGUUCAGGUCUGCCCUCCAACAAGAUUUCCUUACCGUCUCGCUGAGGCAGCAGCCGCCGCCGAUGAAGUCGUGUCUGUCGUGCCACCAGCAGAUCCACCGCAACGCGCCGAUCUGUCCGCUCUGCAAGGCCAAGAGCCGCUCGCGCAACCCCAAGAAACCCAAGAAAAAAUAGAUUGACGGCUCACGAGGUACGGGCUAUCUGUGAGCAGAGUUAGCACUAAUGUCGCGCUCUCACAACUGAAUUAACACAUAUUGAUUGAUUAUUUUUCAAUUGUACUAGAAUAUCUGUUCUAUAGAUUUUGUUACUUUUGUCUUAGUAAUAAAAAACGUCACAACUUGUCGAA